AUGUUCAGAAACGCUCUGCGGCAAUCCAGCCGCGCCGUCGCGGCUGCCUCUGCCACUGGCCGGAUCGCUUCGGCUCGCGCUGCCGUCCCCGCCGUCGCCUCCCAGCAGUUCCGUAACUACGCUGCUGAGGCCAAGGCCUCGCCCACCGAGGUCUCUUCCCUCCUCGAGCAGAGAAUCCGUGGUGUCCAGGAGGAGGCCAACGUCGCUGAGACCGGUCGUGUCCUCUCGGUCGGUGAUGGUAUCGCCCGUGUCCACGGUAUGGCGAACGUCCAGGCCGAAGAGCUGGUCGAGUUCGCCUCUGGCGUCAAGGGCAUGUGCAUGAACUUGGAAGCUGGCCAAGUUGGUGUUGUCCUGUUCGGUUCCGACCGUCUGGUCAAGGAGGGUGAGACCGUCAAGCGUACCGGUGAGAUUGUCGAAGUCCCCGUCGGCCCUGAGCUGCUCGGCCGUGUCGUCGACGCUCUCGGUAACCCCAUUGACGGCAAGGGUCCCAUCAACACCAAGGCCAAGAGCCGUGCUCAGCUCAAGGCCCCUGGUAUCUUGCCCCGUCAAUCCGUCAACCAGCCCGUCCAGACUGGUCUCAAGUGUGUCGACUCCAUGGUGCCCAUCGGCCGUGGUCAGCGUGAGUUGAUCAUUGGUGACCGUCAGACCGGUAAGACUGCCGUCGCUCUCGACGCCAUGUUGAACCAGAAGCGUUGGAACAACUCCGGCGACGAGAAGCAGAAGCUCUACACCAUCUACGUCGCCGUCGGUCAGAAGCGUUCCACUGUUGCUCAGCUCGUCAAGACCCUUGAGGAGAACGACGCCAUGAAGUACUCCGUCGUUGUUGCUGCCACCGCCUCCGAGGCUGCUCCUCUGCAGUACAUUGCUCCUUUCACCGGUUGCGCCAUGGGUGAGUGGUUCCGUGACAACGGCCGUCACGCCGUUGUCACCUACGAUGACCUGUCCAAGCAGGCCGUCGCCUACCGUCAGAUGUCUCUGCUGCUCCGUCGUCCCCCUGGUCGUGAGGCCUACCCCGGUGACGUUUUCUACCUCCACUCCCGUCUCCUGGAGCGUUCCGCCAAGAUGAACGACACCCACGGUGGUGGCUCUCUCACUGCCCUCCCCGUCAUUGAGACCCAGGGUGGUGAUGUCUCCGCCUAUAUUCCCACCAACGUCAUUUCCAUCACCGACGGUCAGAUUUUCUUGGAGUCCGAACUCUUCUACAAGGGUGUCCGUCCCGCCAUUAACGUCGGUCUCUCCGUCUCCCGUGUCGGUUCCGCUGCCCAGGUCAAGGCCAUGAAGCAGGUUGCCGGUUCCCUGAAGCUUUUCUUGGCUCAGUACCGUGAGGUUGCUGCUUUCGCCCAGUUCGGUUCCGACCUUGAUGCUUCCACCCGCCAGACCCUUGCCCGUGGUGAGCGUCUGACUGAGCUGCUCAAGCAGAAGCAGUACUCCCCCAUGGCCGUCUCGGACAUGGUUCCUCUCAUCUUCGCUGGUGUCAACGGUUUCCUUGAUUCCAUCCCCGUCGGCAAGAUUCUCGACUGGGAGGCCAACCUCCUCUCCACCAUCAAGACCAACCACCCUGAGAUCACCGAGACCAUUGACAAGGAGGGUCAGGUCAGCAAGGACCUUGAGGCCAAGCUCAAGGAGGUCAUUGGCAACUUCAACAAGUCCUACAACGCAUAG